AUGCACCGGCUCAAAGUCGAGAAGAAGGAGUUCCACGAGCACAUGGCUAGUGCCGGAUAUGAAGGUGCACAACUCCUGUGUCCAGGCCAAGAAAGGGCAGGCAUAGGCAUCUUCUGGAAGAAGGAAUUCUCCACUCCAGCGUUACGGCGGCAAAUUGCAGACGGCGUGCUGGAAAGUGAGCUCUGGAAGGCAUCUCUGGCCGAGCUUGCUGACGACCAGUACGCCAGCACCUACGGACCAGCCGGAACCAGAGUCGAGGUCAAGGAGUGUCGAGACGGCAUGAUGCAGGUGACAAUCUUGCACAGCGACAAGGAUGCUUCGAUUCCCCAACACCAUCUGAAGGAGAUAAACCAGAAGGAAUUGCAGGACAAGCUGAUUGGCAACCUGGACCUGCAGGAGAGGGGAGAGGACGGAGAGCUCAUGAAGACCAUGGACCGCAGAAGCUUGGGCUUCGCGCGGCUGGAGAUCCGAGGGCAGCCCGUGCUCUUCUGCACGACUCAUCUGAUGACCGCCAGUCGAGAUCUUCACGGCCGAGUCCGAACUGACGAGCUGUGCACCAUCAACAGCUUGAUGAGUGAUUUGGUGAAUCCCCACGAAGCUGUGAUCUUUUGCGGGGACUUCAACAUCAAUAGUCGUAUGCAAGCUCACGACUUCAUUUGGAAGAAGAAGUUCCUGAAGGGCGAGAAGGAUGUCAAGAAGGAUCGCUUCGUGAAGGUCUUGCAGGACUUCGACUCCAUCAGCCAGCAGAAGUACAAGAUUCGCAGCAAGACUAUAGGAGAAGUGCAGGAGAUUGACGCAAACGGCGACGCAUUGAUCAAGUUCGAGUGCAAUACUGAUGACCCGGCCCGCCUGGAAUGGGUAUCCCAGAAGGACUUCAAACACAUGCGAUCAUUGGACCACACAGGCUACGAGAAGGACCGUGAGGAGCGCCGCUUCGUCUGGGAGCGAUCAGACGGGCGCGAGCUCAAAAUGAGGGAUGCCUAUGACGAUGUUUACGGCUCUAAUGACGCCUCCUCAACGAUCACAGGUAUGCGUGAGGAGACGAUCGACUACGUAUUCUUUGACGAGGAGAUGCUGUGCCUCAAGAGGAAGAGUGCCCUGAAGUGCCCGGGUGUCAUGCCGAACGACCAGGAGCCAUCAGAUCACAUUCCACUCGUGGUGACUUUCGACCUGCCGGACGUUGAGGUCCAGCUGAAAGAAGGCCUCCGCCGACUGGAGCACCAUCUCUUCAACCUCCUCAAAGAAGGCAAAGCUGGAGAGAAGCUGGCGAUAGAUGUACUUCUCCCGCUGAUGCAGGAGGCGGUGGAAGCUGCCAGGAAGCAGAGCCUACGCACCUGGCUCCUCACCGGCAGCGGCGACCGACCCGAGGAGGAACCAGGGGAGCCAUCGCCCAGGAGAGCCACAUUGAUGCGGGCUCACUCCCUGAAUCGGUUCAAAGUGCCAAAGAGGCCUGAUAAACGAGGUCAAGGCGCGCUGUUCCGCCAGCCCAGCAUCGUCGUUGGCAAGGACUUCGAAGUGCCGAAAAGCUUCGACUGGCAGAAGUCAACGAAGGAGAACUACGUCCACGAGAUACAGGGCCAGGUUUCGGACGAAAGCUAUAAUAGCAAGUAUCGUAGCUUCCGAAAGUUGUGUGAUGCUGAGUAUCAUGGGCUUUACAACCUGGACCGUCAGAUAUGGCAGGAUGCGCAGAUCGAUGAUCUUUUGGAUCGCGUGAAGGAAGAGAAAAGUCCAUGGCUGUUGUACACCUGCGGGCCGAUGGGAGUCGGAAAGAGCUUCACGUUGCAAUGGCUCAACAAAGAAGGCUAUCUCAACAUGCAGGAGAACAUGGUAAAGAUCGAUCCAGACGAGAUCAAAGGAAGGAUGCCUGAAUACCAAGAGUACGACAAGAAGAUGGCAGCGACCCACUGUCAUCGAGAGUCAGCCUAUAUGAUGGAGAUUGCACAAGCUGCUGCGAUGCAGAAGAACUUCAACGUUUGGGUUGAUGGAUCGCUCAAGGAUGCCGAAUGGUAUGCGCAGCAGUUCGAGAGGAUCCGUUCGAAGUACCACAACUACCACAUUGCCAUAUUCUACAUCGGAGCGGACGAGCAGACCAUUCUGCACCGCGUGAAGGAACGAGCGGAUGGACCAGAUGGAAGGCACGUGCCGCCUGAGCUUGUUCGGGCCUCGAUGGCAUCGAUGGACAAGACGCUCAAUGUCCUGACUCCAUAUUGUGACUUUGUAGCACGGAUAAAGAACAACGGCCCCUCCCCGGUACUGCAAGCCGUCGAUUCCAUCGAUCACAGCGGCAUUUGGGAAGGCCUGCGGGCGCGCAUGGACACGACGCAGUCGAUGCGCAGCUCUGUGGACUUCCCGCAGUCUUUGCGGCCACUCAGCCUGACCGGCGUCUCGUCCGAGAGCUUGGAGUUUUUCCGAUUCGAUGCCGACAAGCGCAACAUGUUGUUCGACUGGAAAAGGUCGACGGUGAAGAUGGAUCCCUCCGAACUUCGCUGCUCGCCGCUGCGCAAAGUGCGGCUGCCGGCCACGAACAAGGGAGAAGACGAUUCUGCCACGCGAAAGGCCUUGGGCAUCGAUGGUUAUGCUCAGGAAUGUUGCUGGAUCUACCCGCUCAAAUUGGGCAGCGAUGCCGGGGCAGAGUUGGUGGAAACCUUCGGCCAUUUGAAGCAGGAUCAAAAUCCUGUGGCCUUUGUGCUUCAGAACGGAGGCUUCUGCUACCUCAACGAGGAGUCGAAGAUAGUUGCGCUCAUUGCCAUUGUCCCCGUCGGCCGGGCCAAAAUGCAGUUCAAAAGGCGAGAGCUGAAGGGAAGAAGCCCAGCUGAUAAGACUGGUGAGGCAAUCCAGGCCGAUGACAUCGGCUACUGGCACGAGGUUACUCUGGAGUUCCUGAAGAAACGUGGAGCUGAAGAAUUCGCGUACCUGGCCCCCUACGAAGUGUCCGCAAAGACCGGGGUUGAGGUGGGUGGCGAGUAUGGAUCCUUUGCUUACAAGUUCAAGCAGAAAGACAAGCAGGAAGUGGUCGUCUUCGAUUUCAUUGGAGCCGGCACGCUUUGA